AGAUCAGAGGAAUGGGGCGAGCAAAGCUGGAGAUGAAGUACCGAAACAACUCCAGAGCCCGCCGCGCAACUUACAUAACCAGAGUGACAGGAUUGAAGAAGAAGGCCUCCGAACUCUCCCUCCUCUGCGGCGUCGACGUGCUUGUUGCCUCCUUCUCGCCGGAACUCAACGCCGUCCAAUCCUGGCCGGAGCAAGACUCCGACGAAUUUCGCUGGAUAAAAGAGCGGUAUGUCCAAUUUCGUAGAUCUGAGAUGGCUACCCCUUUUCCUUCUCCUUCUCUUCCGCUGGCUUCCCAAGAAAUGCUGGCCAUGAGUUCUAAACUGACAGAGAUUAGAGAGAGGUUACGCUUCCUCCAAGGAGAAGCCUCCUCCAAUGCAGCCACGGCUUCUUCCCAUUUCCAGCAAGAUCAGACGGCGCUGCAGGUACAGGACACCAUUCCUCUAAGUCCUUUUCCUACCCAUAUCUCCAUGGAGGAUGCACCGGAAUUCUUCCUCUCUGAUUCGCCUAUGAGGAGCUCCACGGACGAUUUCGCUUGGUGCGACAGUCUUCUCGAUUAUGAGAAGUGGUGAUUCGAACAAAAGGAUGCCAUCAAAGUUUUGAAUCUUU